AUGCUCUCAGAAGAUAUAACGCACUUUGACCACCAAUUUUUCUCCAUCACGCCUGACCAAGCUGCUGCUAUCGAUCCCCAGCAACGCCUACUGCUCGAGGUCACGUAUGAAGCUCUCGAAUCUAUGGGGUGCCCCAUGGAACAGCUUCAUGGCUCAGAUACCGCCGUUUUCGUUGGUAUGAUGAAUAACGAUUACCUAGUUCAACAAGCUCUGGAUGUCGAUUUCUCACCUAAAUACAAUGCUACGGGUGUGGCAAACUCCAACGCAUCGAGUCGCAUUUCCUAUUUUUUCGACUGGCAUGGCCCGUCAAUGGCGAUCCGAAGCGGCACUUCAAAUAUGCUGUCACCGACGGGCAAAAGCCGAAUGUGGGACGCCAAUGCAGAUGGCUAUGCUCGAGGAGAGGGUGUCGCGUCGGUGGUUCUGAAGACGCUAAGUGACGCAAUCCGAGACGGCGACAAUAUUCACACUGUCAUUAGGGAAAUAGGCGUGAAUCACGAUGGAAGGACUGCGGGUCUUACGAUGCCGAGCGCCACUGCUCAAGCCCAUCUUAUCCGCCGCGUAUAUCGCCAAGCUGGUCUUGACCCUCAAGACCGGAAUGACCGGUGCCAAUUCUUCGAAGCUCACGGUACUGGUACCCCUGCUGGUGAUCCGCAGGAAGCUGAGGCUUUAAACAGAGCCUUCUUCGACAACAUGAAUUCCGCUGAUGAUGACAUACUCUUUGUCGGCUCCAUCAAAACCAUCGUCGGUCACACUGAGUCUACAGCAGGACUAGCCGGGCUGCUCAGGGCUUGUCUGGCUUUGAAAAAUGGAGUGAUACCUCCGAAUCUCCUUUUCAAUAGGUUAAAUCCAGCCGUGGCGCCUUUCACCGCCCAUCUUCGAAUCCCUACUACUGCUCAGCCCUGGCCAUCACAUCAGGGUAGUGUUCGGAGAGCCAGUGUUAACAGCUUUGGAUUCGGCGGUGCUAACGCCCAUGUCAUCCUUGAGUCCUACGAUCCUACAGACCAUUUUGUUAAUGGCAACGGAAUUCCAUCACCCGCUUUGGAACCAACUAGAUCAGAGACGAUUCGAACGAAGUCAGCGGGGCCCGGAGCGAUGAUGGCAGUUGGCACGUCCUUUGAAGAUGCGCAGGAGCUAUGCCACCUAGAAGAUUUUGCUGGAACUCUUUGCGUCGCCGCACACAAUUCACCAGAAAGUGUGACGCUUUCUGGUGACUCGUCGACUAUUGAACGAGCGAGGCUGGUUUUCGAGGAAGAGGGCAAGUUUGCUAGACCAUUAAAAAUUUACCAAAAUAUUCUUGGAACCACGAUCGACGGCUAUGGUGUGAAGCACGGACGUACAAACAUGAGCGUUCACAUGAGCUGCCUUAUCAUGACCUCCUCGGACGAGUCACCUCAGACAGCACUGCAGACCAAUGGCGGCUACAUCUCUCUAGCGAUGGAAUCGGCUAUGCAGAUUGCUGGAUCAUCACCUGUUCAAUUGAUCGAGUUGCUGGAUCUGGACAUUGCCAAAGCCAUUGUCAUUAGCGAGACUGCACCCACAGAGCUCGUCAUCUAUCUGAAUCGCAUAACCCGGAACGAUAUUCAAGAGGUCACGGCGGAGUUCUCUGUUUACUCCGCCGUUGCUACAAAGGAUUCAGCUGGACUGACAUUGAAUUGCCGCAGCGACUUACGUAUCACGCUUGAAACCAAGGCGGCAAGAACCGCAGCACCACUGCCGCCGAGAAAGAUCCACUCAGUCAACAUGUCUGAAGUCGACGUAGAACGCUUUUACACCUCCUUGCGAGACGAUGCCGGCUAUACAUACGAGGCACCAUUCAGAAACAUUACCCAGCUUUCGCCUGGUGAUAUUGACCUCUACUCUUCUUCCGAAUACGAAAACAAGAUGAUGCACUAUGGCGAUGAUGCCGACUUCAACAUCACACGUGCUGUUGGCGAACACUUACCGCUCCCAGAAGUCAUGUCUGGGGAGGUCAAUAUUUUGGAGUACAUGGCACAGAAUGAUUACCUUGGCCGCUACUAUCGGGAAGCUGCCGGGUUUGAGUCGCUCAAUGACUCCGUUGGGGGUCUCGUUGCUCAAAUCACCAACAAAUAUCCACAUAUGAACUUCUGCGAGGUCGGUGCUGGAACCGGCGGCGCCACCAAGCCGUCUUGGACGUUGAAAAUGAUAUACAAGACCUUGAACAUCGAGCACGAUCCAGUGGACCAAGGCUUCGUACCACAGGCAUAUGAUUGCGUUGUGGCCGCGAAUGUCUUGCAUGCGACCAAGUCGCUUGAGACCACGCUCCGCAACGUUCGAAGCCUAUUGAAACCCGGUGGCUACCUAAUACUAUUUGAAAUCAUCGGUAACAACGUCAUGCGUAUCCCGAUGGUCAUGGGCGGCCUUCCUGGGUGGUGGAUCGGCCAUGAAGAUGGACGAAAAUACGCUCCCACGAUUGAACUCGAAGAAUGGGACACCAUCCUCAGACAGACAGGCUUUUCCGGUGUGGAUACCCACACUCCCAUGAAAGACAAGGUCUCUUUGCCUGGUGCGAUUUUCUGUUCUAUGGCUCUUGACGAGAACAUUGACGCUCUACGGAAUCCUCUCGUGAAGAACAUUGAUCAAAGCGCCAAUGACUGUCUGGUUAUCUUGCAAGGGAAAACUGACAUCAGCGAACAGCUUUUGGGUAUGCUCGAGCUGCACUUUACCAAAGUUGUCGUUGCUGAAAACUUGGACUCCCUGCCAGAGAUACCUGCUCACGCCCAUAUAUUGUCGCUACAAGAUUACGGCGACUCCAUCUUUGAGAAUCUCACCGAACUUCGCUGGGCCAACUUACAGAGACUACUCGAGUCGCCACGGACGGUACUCUGGGUAACUAGCGGUGCUCAUUGCUCCAAUCCAUAUGCCGCUAUGUCGAUCGGUUUAUUCCGAAGUCUCUACCACGAGCUCAUGGGAUGUCUAGUGCAAACUUUGGAUUGCGAGGUUGUACACAAGGCCUCUGACUUGCAUACGAUUGCCGAACUGGUACUUCGCCUAAGGAAGCUUGCAAGCCUGAGCCAGCGAGACGAAGACGCCGAAAUUUUGUGGACUGUCGAGCCCGAACUACGCCUGCGUGAUGGACGACUAGAAGUUCAGCGAGUACGUUCAGCCUGGGAGCGAAAUGAUCGCCUUAAUUCAUGUCGUCGACCCAUCUUCCAGGGUCAGGAUGCUCGCAUCGCGUUCCUCGACUUGCGUUUUAACGGCGUAAGACACGUACUCGAAGAGACCCAGAGUCCAAAACCUUUGGCCGAUGGCGAAUUCAUUUCUGUCAGGGUGACGACAUCAUUCCUAUUGGCUAUAAAGACCCCCAUGGGGCAUGCAUUUAUAUGCCUCGGGUUCAACCAAGAUAGUGGAGAGAAGGUCUUGUGUUUGUCCGAGACGAAUUCGUCGCGGCUGAUCAUCCACAAAUCUUGGACUCGCAAUGUUUCUGUUGACGUGAUUGACCGGCAAUACUUAUCUUUGGUCAUCGGAGCUUUGGUCAACCAGCAACUCGUGGACGCUCUGCCUCCAUCCGGAGCUCUCUUAGCGUACGACCCGGAUCCUGGUCUUGCCUCGCUCUUAUCUAAACAAAUGUCCAUUCAAAACAGAAUCGUCUUGUUCGUCACCUCGCGCCCUAGGAUGCAACAUCAUCGGGGCAACUCAGUCACCGACCUGUUGCAUAGGGUUACAGAGUUUGCCGAGUCUCAAUUGAAUGGCGUUCCCGAUGGCGUCGCUCUUGAGACAAUGCCUUUACGUGAUAUUGUUCUGACAACAGAGCCGUUUGAGGGGGCAGAAGUGAAGUAUUUCCAGAACGACGUCGCCGACUUCACAUCCGUUGAGAAUACACUCGAACAAAUUACCGGGUCUAUGCCACCGCUAGGUGGCGUUGCUCUGGGCGCGCUGGUUCUUUGCGAUCGCAUGUUUGCCCAGAUGAAACUCGACGAGUUCCAACGGGUCAUGGACCCCAAGGUCCAGGGCACUCUCAACUUCAGUCGACUCUUCUCACUCGAGUCAAGUUUGCCGCCUCUGGACUGGUUUAUUGGGUUUUCAUCGAUUGUGGCUACCAUGGGCAAUCCUGGACAAGCCAAUUACUCUGCGGCCAACUGUUUUAUCAAAGCAGUUAUCAACCAGCGCCGAGCCCAAGGUCUGGCUGGCUCCGUCAUUGAUAUCUCGCGUGUUAUUGGUGUAGGCUACGUUGAGCGAGAGAUGAAGAGCGACGGCAGACUAACGAGAGAGCAAAAAGAGCGUCUCUUCACUGGAUCCAUGACCCUGCCCAUGUCGGAGACUGAUUUGCAUCAAUUGUUCGCAGAGGCCAUCGUAUCGGGCCGCCCGGCGGCGGGAGACAAUGGUAAUCACGAUAUAAUUACCGGGAUGGCGCCGGUGCGCAAGGAGAACGCACAUGAUAAGUCCUGGCCAAACAAUCCUAAAUUCGGACUUUUGGUGAAAGUGGGCGAGGAAAGUGCUGCCGAGUUGAGCGAGCAGGCCAGCAACCGUAUCCCAAUCAAGAAGCUACUUGCCGAAGCAGGGUCACGAGAUGAGAUGGACAAGAUCCUCAAAGAUGCUUUGAUCAGUAAACUCCGGGCUGUUCUUUUUCUUUCAGGAUCCGAUGUCUCGGUUGAGGAUGUGCCACUCAUAGAUAUCGGUGUCGACUCGCUGGUGGGCGUUGAAAUUCGCGCGUGGUGUCUAAAGCAGUUUGACGUUGACGUCCCGGUCAUAAAGAUUCUCGGAGGAAUUUCUUUGAGUGGAAUCGUGGAGCAGUUCAAUAAGUUUAAGAGUGCGAACAACUGCCAGGCGCCCAUCGACAUUACGGGCAAAUUUCCUUAUGGCUUAGAUCGCAUUAAUCGCAUCCGCAACUCGCGGAAGUCAGGCGAAGACAUUCUGGACGACAUUCUUGGAGGAGAGUUUAAAAAUGCCAGUACUUUCCAAAUGACCAUGGUGGAAGGUAGCUGCGUUCUUACAACCACAGAGCCGGCAAACUUGCAAGCCAUGCUCGCUACCCAACCGCAGUUUGCUCGGGACAAUAUCAAUGACCUCGACGAAACAGAAAGAGCUUCGGAUUUGUUCGUGAAAACCAUUGGAGCAGCUGGCAGCGACGGGUGGACUUCGGCGGUCGAUUUACAGCCUGCUGUGUUCAACUUCACUCUUGACACGGCCACGUCUUUCUUGUUCGGAGAAUCGGUCGAGUCCCAGUCGGCCUACAUACAUGCAAAGAAUUCCAAUCUUGGCGGAACUAAAGAUGCCACGGCAGCGCAAGAGGCGACAUCUGCCAAUUUCCUCGACGCUUUCGCAACGGCCAGCGAUUAUACGAUAUAUCGGCUUAGACUUCAAAGUCUCUAUUGGCUGGCUGAUGGCUUCAAGUUUAGACGCGCCGCAAAGACGUUGCAUGCCUUUACUAGCCGGUUUGUUCGACGUGCCUUAGCAGCAACUGCGGAUAGCAAAGACGAAUCGUCCAAGACGGCCAAUGUUAGCACAAAUCUUUUGCAUGCCUUGUCUACGAAAACGAGAGAUGCUGAGGAGCUUCGUGCCCAAGCCACAGCUGUUCUGUUUGCCGGCCGGGACACAACGGCAGCCCUUAUAUGCUGGUGCCUCCUCCGCCUUGCUCAACACCCGAAUCUCUAUGCCGAACUCCGGGAAACGGUGCUCACAACCUUUCCACGGGGAGAACCCACUGGGCUCGCACAGUUAAAGUCUUGCCGCAUUUUACAACAUUUCAUCAAUGAAGUUCUUCGCUUGCAUCCUGCCAUUCCUUUCAACACUCGCGUCGCGAACAAACAUGCCAUUCUGCCUCGUGGAGGUGGGCCUAAGCAAGAUGCUCCGAUCGCCGUAUACAAGGGUCAGACUAUUGCAUUCAGCAUGUAUCAUAUGCACCGCCGUGUAGAUCUCUGGGGCAAAGACGCAGCCGAGUUCAAGCCAGAGAGAUGGAAACAAAAGUCCCCGCCUGGCAGUUUCUGCCCUUUAGCGGAGGCCCUAGAAUUUGCAUUGGACAGCAAUACUCGCUAG